CAAUUCACACUCACCGCACCGACACCCUCACACCCACAUGCCACCCUCCAUCUUUAUUACUCCUCAGAUCCACUUCACGAUCUAAAGCCUUCAAACACUAAAUCUGACACAGAUUUUACCAAACAUGGCUCCACUUCAAUCUUGCACAAAGGUACUUUUCUUGCUUGUACUCUUUGCUUUAUUACUUGUACCCCCUUCCUCUUCUCUUCAACCUACCAUUCAGCCUGUUGGUCGGAGAUAUUUGUUGGAUAAUAAGAUUCAAGCCCAAGAUGAUUCUUCUGAUGGGGUUCAACUGUCUGUUAAAAAGAAGCAAAGUACAACUGUUUCUGCAGUUGGUACAACCUCCCAAAGCAAGAACAAGACAAAACUCAUCACACCAAAAACCACUUCAAAUUCCACCAAAAUCCAGAAGCUUGAUCAAAAAACCCUCAUCAAGAAGCUCAAUUCCACCUCAAAACCUUCAAAUCUCACUAAACCCACUUCCAAAACCACAAAUUCUACAAAACCCACUUCCAAAACCACAAAUCUCACCAAACCCACUUCCAAAACCACAAAUUCCACAAAACCCACUUCCAAAAUCACAAAUUCCACAAAACCCAUAUCAAAAACCACAUCACUUUUGACCCAAAAGUCAACAGAUCAGCCUAAAAAAACCAAACCCAUUACAAAAGAACAAAAGUCAACGAAACCAUUCGGUAGUUUGACUUUUACAGAAGACGAUGAAGAAGACGAUUUUGUAUCAGAAUUCAGAGAUCUACCAUUAAGAUUUCAAGAAACACUGAUACCCGAUCUAGAAGUGAUCUCAAAAACCUCAAAAACAUAUCUCAACAAAGCCAACAAACACAUCUACAAAGGAGUAAACCCCAUCGUUGGUAAAAAAUACGCACCAAUAGCCACUUCAUUCAUCUCAUUUUUAUUCAUUUUAAUCCCAUUUCUUCUCGUAUCCCUCAUUUUCAACCGAAUAAAAGCCUAUUUCUCGCUUCAAAAGCUAAUAAUAUUCAUCCAAAUUUACCUAUCAAUCUACUUCUCAAUACUCGCACUCUCCUCACUUGUAACCGGUCUCGAACCGUUGAAGUUUUUCUACGCUACUUCGCAGAACACUUAUGUUUGCCUGCAGCUGUUGCAAACGCUUGCUUAUGUGUUGUACCUUCUGGUGCUUUUGAUGUACAUUGUGUUGGUUUUUUCAACUGACUCGAGUGUUGUUUCGAAACUGUUGGGGCUUGGGCAGACGUUUGUAGGGUUUGCGGUUGGGUUGCAUUACUAUAUGACGGUGUUCCAUAGAGCGGUGCUCCGGCAACCGCCGAGGAGUAGCUGGAAGGUGCAUGGGGUUUAUGCCACGUGUUUUCUUUUCAUUUGUUUGUUGGGUACGGUGGAGAGGAGGAAGAAGGCGUACGUGGUUGAUGGCAGUGAGGAAGAGAAAAAGAAUUAGUUUUUUAUUUUUUUUUUGGUUAUAAAAAUUUAUGUUUUAUGUUGAAGCAAAUUUAUAUAUUUACAUUCAAAAUUGUAAAAUAGUAUGGUUUUGUUUUGAAUAAAUUUAUAAUUAUAAUAUAAUUAUAAAGUAUAAUUUUUUUUGGGA